AUGCCCUCCCUCAAGAAGAAGCCCUCAGCCACCGUGUUGGUCAAGAGGAAAGGAACCAAAGUGGUGCAGAAGUUGAAUCCCUUUGAGGUUCGGAUCAACAAGAAGAAGCAUGAUGUUCUAGGUCAGAAGAGCAAGUCUGACAAGGGUCUACCUGGUGUGGCACGCUCCAAGGCUGUCAAAAAGCGCAAGAAGACUCUGCUAGUGGAGUACCAGCAGCGGAACAAGACCAACGAGUUUGUAGACCGUCGGUUUGGAGAGUACAAUGAUGACCUGACAGCCGAGGAAAAAAUGAUGAAGCGGUUCACUCUCAAGAGGAAGAGAAAGCACGAGCGUUCCAGCUUGUUUACUCUCAAUGAUGAUGAUGAAGAGGGGCUUACUCAUUAUGGCCGGUCCAUCGGAGGCAUGGAGAAGUUUGAUCACAUCGAGCUUAGCGAAAAUGAGCUGGAGGAUGAAGAUAUUGGUGACACUCAUUUUGGGGGAUUUUUGAGGAAGAAACAGAAAAUCAGUGAGACUGAAGACGAUGUUAAACCGGACAGACUGAGGAGCAGGAAAGAGAUCAUGGAGGAGGUGGUGGCUAAGUCUAAAGCAAUGAAGUACAAGCAGCAGAGUGAGAAACAAGAUGUGGAGGAACUUCUGGAUAAGAUCAACACUGAUUGGAAAAGCCUGCAGACUACUCUGCCAUUCGCUAGUGAUGGGAGCAAAGGACAGAAGCUGAAGACUGAUGACUAUGACAAGACAGUGAGGGAGUUAGCUUAUGAGAAGAGAGGACAACCCACUGACAGAAUGAAGACAGAGGAAGAGAUAGCAAAAGAGGAGAAAGAGAAGCUGGAAAAACGAGAGGCUGAUCGUGUCCGUAGGAUGAAGGGUGUGAUCCCAUCGGGUGAUGACAUGACAACAGAGUCGGCUGACUAUAUUAGAGACCAACCGAUAGUCAAAAAGAAAGUCCAGUUUACACUUCGGUACAAAGACGGGAAGAUUGUGCAAGAGGAGGGUGGUCCGAGUGUGUAUGAGGCUGUUGGUAGGAGGGGUGAGAGGCGUGAUCCUAGUGACGUGGGUGGAGAGAGUGACUCUGAUGAGGAUUGCGAGGGUGAUGAUGCUAGCGAUGCUACUGGUGAUGGUGACGUUUGUGAGGGCGGUGAUGUUAGUGACUCUAGUGAGGGUGGUGACCCUGGUGAUGAGUAUGGUUCCGACCUGGAGUCCGAUGUCAGUGACCACGAGUCAGAUAUUGAGGAGCUAAAUCAACCUAUCAUCAAAGGACCCUCAAAAGCAGAAAUUAAGAAAAUGAAGAAGCUGGCUUCCAAAGAGGUUGCAUGUGCAGACAUGAUCACUGCAUGUGAAUGGUUGCAUGUGCAGACAUGAUCACUGCAUGUGCAGAGACUAAUGGUUGCAUGUGCAGAGAUUAAUGGUUGCAUGUGCAGACAUGAUCACUGCAUGUGCAGAGACUAAUGGUUGCAUGUGCAGACAUGAUCACUGCAUAAGACGAUCAUUGCACGUGCAUGCUAUCUCCGUAUAUUCACACCAGGACACGCCUAUGUACAUGCAGACAUUGUUAUUGAAACACACUGCGCGCCAUAUGGGAGGGAGGCUAAAGA